UUCCAUGUCGACUGCUCUCCGUAAUACUUCUACUGUACGACUCAAUACUCGCAAAGCUAUUGCGCCCUGCACUCUCACAGCAACAAGCCUCUUUGCACCUCGUACUGCAAUUGCUCUCCCCGCUGCCGGAUCAACGCGAUCUUCUUUCCAGACCAGCCGCCGUUUCACCACCACGCCAAUUGCCAAGAUGCCGCAGAUGCCAAAGAACAUCAUCAAGAAGGGACAGGAUGACCUCAAGUUGUCCAACAAGUCCCUUUUGCUGAACAAGGGGCUGAUUAAUGGAAAGUGGGUGGACUCCAAGAAUGGCAAGACGCUCGAGGUGUACAACAAGUCUACCCUGGCUACCAUCGGUAGCGUGCCCGACAUGGGUCUCGAGGACGUAAAGGAGGCCAUUGAUGCCGCUUACGAAGCUGGCAAGAGUUGGAGGGCCAAGACGGCAAGGGAGAGGUCUGACCUCCUCUACGCUCUCUAUGCCGAGCUCCAGGCAAAUGCCGAUGACCUGGCUAAGAUCAUCGUGGGCGAGAAUGGAAAGUCGCUGACCGAGGCCAAGGGCGAAGUUGCCUACUCCAACUCCUUUAUCCAAUGGUUUGCUGCUGAAGCCCAGAGGACGUACGGACAAGUCAUCCCCGCUCCUCUUCCCGGCGUUCGCAACGUGGUCAUCAAGCAGCCCGUCGGUGUGGCGGGUCUGAUUACGCCCUGGAAUUUCCCAGCAGCGAUGAUCACCAGGAAGCUCGGUCCUGCCCUUGCCGCCGGGUGUACCGCGGUGAUCAAGGUGCCAGCCGAGACGCCCUUCUCUGGUCUCGCCAUUGCCCACCUUGCCGAGAAGGUGGGCGUGCCAAAGGGUGUCAUCAACGUCGUCGCCUGUGCCAAGGGAGACAACGAAGCUGCUGUGGGCAAGGAGCUGUGUGAGAACCCCAAGGUCAAGAAGAUCUCCUUUACCGGUUCCACUCGUGUCGGCAAGAUUCUCAUGUCGCAGUGCUCUGGCACGCUCAAGAAGAUGAGCAUGGAGCUCGGUGGAAACGCCCCCUUCGUUGUCUUUGAGGACGCCGAUCUGGACAAGGCCGUGGAUGGAGCCAUUGCUUGCAAGUUCCGUGGUUCUGGUCAGACUUGCGUGUGUGCCAACCGGCUCUACGUCCACGAAAAGGUCUACGACGAAUUUGCCAAGCGUCUCGCUGCCAAGGUGGAUGCCUUUAAGCUGGGCAAUGGACUGGACGAAGGUGUCACUCACGGUCCUCUUGUAAACCAGGCUGGACUCGAAAAGGUCGAGAAGCACGUAGACGACUCGGUCAAGGCUGGCGCCAAGAUCCUCUUGGGCGGCAAGCGUGGAGAAGGCACCUUCUAUGAACCCACCAUUCUCACCGACCUCCCACACCACCCACCCACCGACUACGAAGAGACUUUCGGUCCCCUCGCCGCCCUUUACAAGUUUUCUUCAGAGGAAGAAGUGGUACGAAUGUGCAAUGAUGUAGACGUAGGUCUAGCUGGUUACUUUUACUCCAAGGAUGUAGGAAGGGUAUGGAGGGUAGCCGAAGCACUCGAGACGGGAAUGGUGGGAAUCAAUACUGGAAUCCUUUCACAGGCACAGGUACCCUUUGGUGGAAUCAAGGAGAGUGGAUUUGGAAGGGAAGGAGGAUCUUCCAUCUCUGAGUUCAUGGUCGAUAAGCUCAUGGUCUUUGGUCCCGUCUAAUUUGUCAGCGGGCAAGUGGUGGAGUCGGGAAAUGAUUCCCUUAGCUGUCAAUGCAACAUAGGUCGUUCGCUGUUCGCUAGAGCUCGGUGCUCGUCUUAGGUUGACCAAUUUCUCUCUCUCCCUUUCCACGUUGGCACAUUGUCCUCGAGCCCAUGUAGUGAACUACUUGCGUUGAAUCCGAGUCUAGCCUUCAUAGUGAUGCAUGCAGUCACGAGGAAAAGGGCGUCAUCAGCGUCGUCGUCGUCGUCGUCGUCCUCCUCGUCAGGCAUCGCCCCAAUCGCACCUCGUCAAGGACAAAGUUUGACC